UUCUCGCCUUGCAGCAGUCAUCUCGUCGUCUCCCUUUUCAGUCGCAUCUCUUCUUAGUGGCGGUGAGAUGUCUGAAAGAAGAAUCUCCCAGGACGAUGACACCGCCUCACUGCUGUCCAAGCUGGGCUCAGACUCUCCUCGGCCUAGGAUGAAAUAUGGCGGAAUGUUCUGCAGUGUGGAAGGAGCUUUUGAAAACAAAACGCUAAACUUUGAGUCGCUCAGCCCGAAGAUGCCGCGACGCCGAACGGCUCGCGCCGCAGAAGACUCAUCCAAGGGAGGCUUUGCGGCGUUCCCCUCUGGACGUGUCCAGGACACUCGCCUGAUCAUCAAAGGAGGAAAGAUCGUCAAUGACGACCAUUCGUUUCAUGCUGAUGUUUACAUCGAGGAUGGAACGAUCAAACAAAUUGGGGAGAAUUUGAUGGUACCUGCAGGUGUCAGGACAGUGGAGGCCUGCGGUCACUUGGUCAUCCCCGGAGGCAUCGACGCCAACACCAACCUGCGCGCCGCCCAGAAUGGCCUGAACCCUUCCGACGACUUCUAUCAGGGGACCCGAGCGGCUCUGGCCGGUGGAACCACCAUGAUCAUUGACCACGUGCUGGCCGAGCCGGGGACGAGUCUGCUGUUGGCGUUUGAGGAAUGGCUGGACGUGGCCUGCCAAAGGGCCUGCUGUGACUUUUCCUUCCACGUGGACGUCACGCGCUGGCAUGAUGGAGUUGGCGAGGAUCUGGAGAUUCUUGUCAAGGAUAGAGGUGUGAACUCUUUCCUGUUUUUUAUGACUUACAAGGACAGAUAUCAGAGUACCGAUUCACAGCUUUAUGAGGCUUUUGGUGUCCUGAGGGAUUUGGGGGCAGUCGCCUUGGUCCAUGCUGAGAAUGGUGACAUCAUCGCUCAGAGGCAAAAGACGGUUCUCGGUCUUGGCAUCACCGGACCGGAAGGACAUGUCUUCGCUCACCCCGAAGAGGCGCAGGCCGAGGCAGUCCACCGAGCCGUUACCAUUGCAAAACAAGCAAACUGUCCACUUUAUGUGACGAAGGUGAUGAGCAAAUCUGCCGCUGAUGUGAUCGCCAAGGCCAGGAAGAAAGGGAUCGUGGUCUACGGGGAGCCGAUCACGGCCAGUUUGGCAGUGGACGGCUCUCAGUAUUGGUCCAAAGAUUGGGCUAAGGCGGCGGCCCUCGUUAUGAGCCCACCCCUCAAUCCCGAUCCUUCAACUCCGCACUACCUAAGCUCUCUCUUGGCGUGCGGCGACCUACAGGUGACUUCCAGUGCUCAAGCUAGCUUCUGCACGGCACAGAAGGCCGUGGGUAAAGAUGAUUUUACUCUCAUACCAGAGGGAACCAAUGGAAUUGAGGAGAGGAUGUCUGUGAUCUGGGACAGAAUCGUGUGUACGGGUAUGAUUGACGAGAAUGAGUUUGUAGCGCUGACAAGUACCAAUGCUGCAAAGCUCUUCAACCUUUACCCUCGCAAAGGACGAAUCGCUGUGGGUUCUGAUGCUGACAUUGUUGUUUGGAACUCAAAAGACACCAAAACUGUCUCUGCCAAAACACACCACUUGACAGUCGAAGUAAACAUCCUUGAGGGUUUGGAGUUUCGAGGCGUUGCCUCGGUGGUGAUCGCAGGUGGCCGAGUUGUUGUGGAGGAUGGAAAACUCACUGUAACAGAAGGUUCCGCACGCUUCAUUCCAAGGAAAGCGUUCCCUGAUCAAGCUUACCGCAGGAUUAGCGCUCGCAGCAAGGUAGCUGAGAAUCGAGGUGUACCUCGUGGAAUAUACGAUGGACCAGUCCACGAUGUCAUGAUGACGAACAAAUUGAUGACGCCCACGUGGACUAAGAAAGCAACUCCUUGUCUUCAAGUCCAAACUGGCCCCCGAAACCUCCACCAAUCAGGCUUCACCUUGGCCGGAACUCAGAUCGAUGACCACGUUCCUCGGCGGCCAGCUCAGAAGAUUGUGGCACCACCUGGCGGACGAUCAAACAUUACUUCACUUUCGUAAAAACGCGUUUAAUGAACAGCAAUCUGGCUCCAAGUGGACAAGCAUGCAGACAGUCGACAACUCCAAACAAAUGACGUUUUAACUAGCGAUGAAUUCUUACUCCCUUCACAAUCCCCUUAUCAUCAUUGGAUGCCAUCAUUGCACCUAGUUGCUCCUCAGUUGUUUUAUACGAGAGGCACAUAACUCAAUUGUCGUAGCCCAGUAGCAAUAAAAAUCCUGAGAGCAUGAAAGCGAUUUUCUCUUCUUCUUGUAUGCUGUUAAAGAAAUUCUGUAAUCCGUUUUUCCAAUUGGUUAGCGGGGUGAUCGUUUAUUUGGAUAGAUGGGUGGACUAAUAAUUCAAUAAAUAAACACCCUCUCAGAUGGACCCUCCGUUAAAAUGCAUCGUGAGAAUGCAAGAGCACGGCUUGUCCGGUGGAGGGAGCCAAAUCCCGAACGCUGGAGCUUGGAGCUGCAAUGGCGCGGCGUCUCCACCGGAGAGAGCCAAAUCCCUAGUUAGGGUAGUUCGGGUCAGUGGUUUGUGUGUAUGCUCUGCGUUAUCCCCGUGUUGAAAUUUUAAAACGAAAAUUAAUUUAAACUAUUCUGGAAUAAGGUUGUAACAUUGCAGAGUGUGGGGAAAGAGUAAAGCGCUGUUAAUACUUAUUUUAAGGCCGGAUUCAGGGUUUCGC